AUGGUCGGCGUAUCGGACCGUAGCGACUGGUACGCUAGCAGCAAUUAUUCCGACAAGAACGGCAAGAACGUCCUCAUCGGUUGGAUGCUGUCGGUACCGCGUGAGGUCGGAGUUGUCAUCGUUCGUGACAUCUACGGCGUCGAACAGCACGUGGUUGGCAAGGGCGACUGGAUCGUGUCCGACUCGAAGGACAUCAUCAAGACGCUCAGCGUGAAGCCGCGGAGCAACCUGCAGCUGCUCCGCAACGAGAACUCGCUUGAGCAUGUGGCCAGCGUGUCGGUCAACGGUUUGUCGCAGGUUCUGAACUCGACGGGCGCUUCGUUCGAACUGAUCGCUGAGGUGGCGGACUUCGAGCGUGGCAGCAAGGUGGGUUUCGAGGUGCGCCGCAGCUCUACCGGCGACGAAGUAGCUACGAUCGUGUACGACGACGCGCAGAAGAAGAUGAUCAUUGACCGAUCGAAGAGUUUGACUGCUGACUGCACUGUUUUCGCUGAUAACGGCGUGAAACCAAUCUCGGAGUCGAUUUUGGGCCACUUCUACCUGUACGACCUGUUUAACGGCGCUUCUUAGAGCGACGUGUGCGUGGCCACCAGUGAGAAGUUGGGCUUCCACGUGUUCGUGGACGUGUUGAGGGUCGAGGUAUUCGUGAACAACCGCUUCUAGCUGUCGGCUCGUAUCUACCCAUGCGCGUCGCAGUCCAAGUCGGACGGCAUUGCCCUGACGGCUUCAGGUGAUUCCAUGUUCCGCGCAGGAUGGCCUGGAUCCCGGGGUCCGCCAUGCCGCGACUCGCAAGCGCCUCGUUGGUUUCUCCGCUUGAAUCUUGUACAAGACUUUCCGCAGGCAUUCUCGGUGGUUUGGGCCCAGCGCCAGCCCCUUCUCAUAGCUCACGCGGGCAUUUAGGAACUCCUUCAUGAAGCACUGGAUGGUGCCCAUGCACAACGCCUUGACGUGAGCUCGAUGGCCUUCUUGCUGUCCUUCUUGGCCUCGUAGAAGAACGUCAACUUCAAGAGGCGGCAGCGCCGUGAUUGAUGUUUGCGGCCACAUUCUCGGUCACGGCGCUCCAGUCGUAGCUGCCCUGUGUGAUGCACUCCGAAAUGGUCGAACCGUCCGAUCCGUCGUGGCCAUGCAGUUCUUGGUGGCCCUAUCAUCCGAUGGGCGCUGGGCGGUGGCGUGCAGCUUCUUGUUGGGACACAAAGCUGGCAGACCUUUGAUGGCGCGCUGCUAUCAUGGCCGAGGCGUAGUUUUCGUAGGCCGCGUACGUCUCGAAGUUGAUGGCGCUGGUGGUGCCGCCGGCGCCCGCCGAGGUUCACGCAGAGAGUUUUACAAUAUCGUCAAAUUUCGUAUCUUGGACCCAAGAAUCUUGAAUCCCGAAAGAUGACAUCAUGACUCUGUUCUCGAAGUGUUUCCCCUCUUUCUCGUGCUAAUCGUGGUGCUGCCCGUCGACAGACGUCGG